AUGAUAAUAUCAGGGAGAAGUCUUACUGUGGACCUCGUUGUUAAUGUUACCAUGGUUGAAAUAUCAGAAGAUGAUUCUGCUUCUAAUCUUCCAAUUAUACAUGGAUUGGCAUCACAAAUGGGACCUCCCCCUCCACGUCCACCGCGUUCUGUACAAGUGCAUGGACGACCAUCAGCAGGGACAGGGAGUACCGCUGGCUCAUCUACACCAGCUUCUGAACCUUCACAUGCUUGUGCCGCAGGUGAAACAUUAGAUAAUAAUCCUAAUGCUGGUGUGAAGAUAUCAAAGGUAUGUGAUCACUAUGAUAUUUAUGAAAAUGGUGAGAGAGCGAAAUGUAAAUAUUGCAAAAAGGCUAAUUACAAGAUUGGUAAGAAAAAUUUGGAUGGUAAGAAACAUGGGACUUCUAAUCUCCAACAUCAUUUGAAUAAGUGUCAGAAGUAUAAGAAUGAAAUGAAUGAGGCUAGAGCUGACGGACAACAAAUACUUGACUUCCAGCCUUGCAAGCUUGGAGAGGAACCACAGUUGGUUGGGGUGUCUUUUUCUCAAGAUGCGUGCAGGAGAGCGCUGAUUAGAUUUAUCGUUACCGAUGAAAUGGCUUUUAGAAUUGUUGAAGGUGAAGGUUUUAUAGCUUUUUGUAAGUAUCUUGAGCCUCGAUUUAAGCUUCCAAGUCGUAUGACAAUAUACCGUGAUGUGUGCAAGCUGUUUUUGACAGAGAAGGCUAAUCUGAAAAGUUAUUUCAAAGCAAACAAGGUAAGAGUGUGCCUUACUACUGACACUUGGACGUCAUCGCAGAAUUACAAUUAUAUGGUAGUGACUGCGCAUUUCAUUGAUCAUCACUGGAAACUACAUAAAAGAAUUAUCUGUUUUUGCUUGAUUGAUAGCCAUGAAGGUACAAAUAUUGGAGAGGCUUUGGCGAAAUGUUUGCUAGACUGGGGACUUGAAAAGGUUUUCACUGUGACGCUUGAUAAUGCGUCUGCAAAUAAAGUUGUUGUUGACUAUUUGAGGAAGAGAGUUCAGAGUUGGGGUUCUGCAUUACUUGGAGCUAAACAUUUACAUGUUCGAUGUGCGGCUCACGUACUUGCACUUGUUGUGAAGGACGGUAUGAAGAAGUAUCAUACAUCACUUCUCAGGAUCAGGGCAGUGGUAAAAUAUGUCACGAAAUCUCCCGCAAGAUAUAAAAGGUUUACGGAGGAUGCUGAGUCGGAAAGAAUAGAUUGUAAAAAGGGUCUGAUAUUAGAUGUGAGAACGCGGUGGAAUUCUACUUACUUAAUACUUGUUGCUGCUGAAAGAUAUGAAAAGGCAUUUGAAAGGCUACGUGAGUUGGAUAAGGCAUUUUGUGAAGAGUUCUGCUUUGAUAUUCCAGUACCAGAUAAUAUUAUGGGUGAUGGUGAUGACACUGUUGAUCUUGAUGCUGAUUAUGAUCUGGAAUCAGACAAUGAAGAAGAACUUGAUACUACUGAAGAAGAAGAUUCUGCUGCUGUCAGGAAAGCCAAGAAAAAAAAACAGGCCAAAACUUCUACUUAUGUUACUUCUCAUUCUUUCUUAUUGGAACUUGGUACUGUUCGUCAAGAAUUAGAAGAAUGGAAAAAUACACAUGAGGACCCUUUCUUAAGCCACAUGGGUGAUGUAAUGUUGCUCAAGUACAACAAAUAUUGGGGAACAUACCGAAAGAUGAAUUCGUUGAUGUUUAUGGCUGUACUUCUUGAUCCACGAGAGAAAGAACAUGGAUUAUUUGUGACUGUUGAAGAUUUAAUUGUGCAUUAUGACCCAGCAAUGAAGAAAAAACUUGUAGAAAAAUGGGUUGAAGAAGUACUGAAAAAUUUUGUGGAGCUGUUUGCAGCUUAUAAAGCAGAAAAUGUUAGAUGUGCAGUAUCUUCAUCAGAAUCUGUGGGCGAGACUAUUUCUACUUCUACUCAAAGUUCUUCGAGUUUUGGAAGUACUAUUUCUAGCAAGGCCAAGUAUAUGGCGGGAAGGAAUAAACGAAAGCAUCAAUUGAGUAAUGUGGAGGACAAUGGGAGAUCUGAGGUAGAAAGGUACUUGGCUGAACCGAUUUACACACCCACAAAUGAAAAUGCUACUUUUGAUAUAUUACAAUGGUGGAAGGUAAAUGCUGCGAGGUUUGACAUUUUGCCACCUAUGGCUAAAGAUAUAUUUGCUAUUCCCGUUUCUUCCGUUGCUUCAGAAUCAGCAUUUAGUACCGGAAAAAGAAUUUUGGAUCCUUUUCGAAGCUCCUUAAAUCCCAAGACACUUGAGGCCUUAAUUUUGUUACAAAAUUGGUUACGAACACCAAUAGACAUGGAUUCAUCUACCCUUGGAGUCGAGGAGGAGGAGAUUGAUAUUGUUGAGUCUGGAGCAGGUGCAGCUGGAUUCUCUGUACUAUCUUCAGGUGGAUUUGUAGGAGCAGGUGAUGGCUCUGGUGCUGGUAUUGGUGCUGGCUCAGGUGCUGGCUCUGGCUCAUCAUGA